UAAGAAACUUACAAAAAAGUGUAAUUUUCAUUUGAUUUGUGCAAAAGCUUGAACUAACGGAUAUUUUGACUGAUUUUUAUAGUGUUAUGGAUAAAUAGCAGCAAAGCAUUAUUGAGGGAAGUUUGUUCUGUGUCAAAGAUUUAACAGGAUCCGAUGAGCUCUAAAGUACAACUGAAUUUUAUCGAUGUUCCCUAAUUUUGGUGCAUCUCUGAAUGGACAUACUCCUGAUGGCGGAGGAAAUAAACCCAAAUAUGGAAAGAGGAGGGAAAGUGCUAUCAGGACCUUGGUAGCAGAAACGUUAGUCCUCGCCAAGACACAUGGAUAUGUGGAAAAGAUAGAGAACGAACUCGAGGAGGAACUCCAACAAGACUCUUUACACCUUCAUGAACAUUUUGGAAAGAUCCGUCGACGGGGAUAUGAAUUUUUUAAAAGCAAAUACAUGCUUUUAACUCUAGUAAUUCUAUGCAUUUUCGACUGUGCAUUAGUGUUAGGGGAGUUAACUCUCGACUUGUACAAGGUCAAAGUUACCCUAGAAGAAACAGAAAGCUUCACCAAUAGUACACAAUAUUUUCUAGCACUAAUACGACAUUCAAACGAACAAAUCCUAAAAGGAAAACAAACUCAGGAAAUAUUUAACAUGCUUCUACAGGCGACAAUUCAGUGGAAUAUUUCUGAUCAGGAUGUGAUAAAUAAUUCCACAAAUAGUUCUAUACAAUACAAAGUCCGAGUGAAACGGACAUUACCAAUGUCAACCAUUCUUCCUGUGACUGAUAUGAACCCGGAUGUACGAACUAUGGAUAGUAUGUUUGAUAUCAAGACUGUGAUAGAUUCUCAUAAGGAAUAUAGUAUAGAGGAAGAAAUUGCUCAUAUUUGUCAUUUUGCUAGCGUUGCAAUUUUAGGUAUUGUUGUAAUAGAGACAAUUUUAAAAGCACUGUGUGCUGGUUCCUUAUUUUUCCAUAGACGUUUAGAGGUUUUUGAUGCAUUUGUUGUUACUAUUUCCUUCGUCGCAGAUACUGUUCUAUUAGUUGCUUUCCCAACAUACAGUACGAGGGAUUUUGUGUUUAUAUUAGCCUUUCUUUUACCAUGGAGAGUCAUACGAGUCGUUGAUAGUUUAGUGGUAGCAGUAAAAGAUCAUGAGCAUUUUAGACUAAAACUUUUGUACGGACGUAAGAAGAAAAUACAGAACACUCUUAGAGAUACUGAAGUUAAAGUUCAAAUAUUUAAGUACCAGUGUAAUGCUCUAAGAAGAUUAUGUUUAUCAGAAGGUAUUGAUGAAUGGAAGGUUGAUCAAUGUUUAAAAGCAGAACAGAAGUUCCAAUCAACGCUUGGAAAGAGAAAGAACAAAAUGAAAUUAGACAGCUCGUCGUUAUGUCUGAUAAGUGAAAAUGAGACUCUGCCGUCGUCGUCUAGAUCUUCUCCAAGGCCGUCAAUUCCAUCUUUGGAUUUUCAUGGACUCAAGUUUAUGAACGGAAACUCUGUAAAGCACAACGAAAACGAUAGUAUUGAUGACGUUCAAGAAGUCUAACGUUAACAGUGUGACUGUGAAUCUUGUGAUAGUGUUUUGUUUGUCAUAUUAAAUUUUAUAACAGCAAUCUACGAAGCAUUGAUGGCGUCAUUCAGACGUAGACAAAUGAAAAUAUGAUUGUUUUGAUAACGUCACUGGAUUUGUUAUAUGUUACUUUUAUAUCAUUCAUAUUUUCUUUAUAACUGUUGAAAAAAGAAACUGUUUGGUCUUCAAAUUUUUCGGUAUGUAUACAUCAUAUGCUUUCAAUUAUUCGGCUUGUGCUUUCCUGAUGAAGGAAAUCCUUAGAAAAAAACUUUGGACGCAUGCAAUUUAUAGCGUGUUAUAAUAUAAAAAAGAAGAUAUGGUAUGAUUUCCAAUGAGACAACUAUCCACAAAAGACAAAAAUGACACAAACAUUAACAUUAUGUUCAUUCUUUAACAAAAACAACCACUAAACAAGAAAACAAACUAAAAACUAUGAACUAAAUAGAUGACAAUGAUUCGUCUCCUUUAUAGACGUGUUAUAUCAUGGACAUGGUCAAAUUUAUAAUUACUCUAGUGUUUGGAAAAUUUUUAAUUGCUCAAAACACUUUUUGGCAUAGUGAUUAGUCUUGUUUAUACGAAAGGCAUUACUGGUGUACAAAAUAUUAGCCCUUUGUCUUCGUUGA